AGCUUAGCUGACGCUCAGUUGGGGAAAUUUUCACUUUCCUUCCUGGCGGGUGGUGUUCGGUACCUGCGAAGACUUGGUUUAUCCACCCGGCACGCCAAACUAAGACUCUCCUCAGGGUACCUCGUGGUUCAGAUCAGCCACCCUCGUAACAACCACAAGCAGCUCUGCCUUAAAGAACACCAGCCACCCGCCCGUAACCAAGCCCAACCCGGAACAGCCUUCAACAUGAUGCAGAUCAGCAGCGACUCGGCCAGCAACAAGCACUCCCUCAUCAACGUCAUGCACCGCUUCAUAGCAGCAGCCAACAACAUGGACGAGACCAUCAUGGUGCCCAGCCUGCUGCGAGACAUGCCGCUGGAGGAGCAGGCAGCCAACCAGGUGGAGGCCAACAACAAUAACCACCACCUGGAAGAGCCUUGUCCCAACAAGCAGAGGGACAUGUACGAGCACUACCUGCUGCUCAAGUCCAUAAAGAACGACAUGGAGUGGGGCCUGCUGAAGAGGGAGAUGAGCAGCGGCGCCAGCUUCCUGGAGAUGGCCGUGAAGCAGGAGGAGCAGCAGCCGGUGACCGGGGAGCUGCCCGUGGACGACAACUCGGACCUGGAGCACCAGUUUCACUAUCACCUCAGGGGACUGUUUGGGGUUCUGUCCAAGCUCACGCUGCAGGCAGACCACCUCACCAACAGAUACAAGAGAGAGAUCGGAGGAGGAAACUUCAUGAGAUAGAAGUCACCACACUCUUACUCCUCCUCCUCCCUCCCCACUGCUUGACUCGCAAACAAUGGGAUGUUUUGUGAAGGGGCCACAUCUCUUCGAAUGAAUCUCAAUGGACAGUGAACUGACCAGGGCAAACACUCCUGAAUAGUGACACUCCAGCUUCUCCCACCAAAAUUAAACCAGUGAAACCUGCAGCGUCCCGCCAGCCUGCGUGCAUUGGUGGACGCUUUUGUGCUCGGUGGAGGUUUACCCCCCCUCAAAAAAUAUAGUCCAGAUGAAGCACAGCUCUGGUUUAUGCAGAAUCUUGCCCUCUCAUUGUCUUUUCAUUUCAAAUUUAAACAUGAAUUUGUCACCAGAGUGUUUGGUUGUGAAUAAAAUGUUUGACUGUAGGAGAUAUUGAAUGCUGGUUAUUCUGUCCCUCCUUUUUUUUCUUUUCUUUCUUUUUCUUUUAAAUGUUAAAGAUUUUAACGCUGAGCUGAAGGGCUCCUACCUGCAGAGGUUUUAAAACGUUCCACUUGGUAUUACUGUAACAUGGUGUGCCUUGACUUUAUUCUUUUUGUAUACUGUCAUGCCCUGUUCAGUUGCCUCCCCAUUGUCUGGCUGCUUCAACGGUUCAUCAGGUUGUUCAUGAUGAAAUGGCUCAUUUGUUUGUCCAUGGAUAUUUCAAAACCAAUUUUAUAUUGAUGCAGUAAAACUGAAAUAAAUAACUGUAAACUUGA